AAGAUGAUAAUAGUAUAAAAGAUAAUAUAAAUGAUGUAGAGGAUGAUAUAAAAAGUGUAAAGAAUAAUAUAGAAAAUGUAAAAGAUAAUGUAAAAAAUAAUAUAAAAGAAGAAAAUAGUGUAGAAGUUAAUAUAAAAAAAGAAAACAGUAUAGAAAAAG